AUGUGGGUUCAAGAGUGCUUCAUAAAUAAGUCUAUAAGAAAGGACUAUCUGUCCUCCAAAUUCACUGGAAAGCAUAUUAACAAAGCAGAUAACUAUUUCUGUUGGCAAGACGAUCUUCAGGCUCAACUUGGUAGUGAAGAACCAAACAAUUACAGCCACGAAGAUGUCUGUAAACGAGGAUUCACUGUUAUUAUUGAUAUGCGGGGAUCAAAAUGGGAUUUGAUCAAGCCUCUCCUAAAGACUCUUCAAGAAGCCUUCCCUGCUGAGAUUCAUGUUGCCCUGAUUAUAAAACCUGAUAAUUUCUGGCAGAAGCAGAAGACAAACUUUGGCAGUUCCAAGUUCAUCUUUGAGACAAGUAUGGUAUCUGUUGAAGGCCUGGCAAAACUUGUAGAUCCAUCACAACUGACAGAUGAGUUUGAAGGAUCCUUGGAUUACAACCACGAUGAAUGGAUAGAGCUACGUGUCUCCUUGGAAGAGUUUUUCAACAGUGCCAUCCAUUUAUUAUCAAGGCUGGAGGACCUCCAGGAAAUGUUGGCUAGGAAGGAGUUUCCAGUUGACGUUGAGGGCUCCAGGAGGCUGAUUGAUGAGCACACACAGCUUAAGAAAAAAGUGAUUAAAGCUCCUGUGGAAGAACUGGACCGUGAGGGUCAGAGGUUACUACAAUGCAUAAGGUGCAGUGAUGGUUUUUCUGGUAGGAACUGCAUUCCUGGAAGUGCGGAUUUUCAAAGUCUUGUGCCAAAGAUUACCAGCCUUUUGGACAAGCUGCAUUCUACCCGGCAACACUUACAUCAGAUGUGGCACGUCCGCAAAUUGAAACUAGACCAGUGCUUUCAACUCCGACUUUUUGAGCAAGAUGCUGAGAAGAUGUUUGACUGGAUCAGCCACAACAAAGAAUUGUUCCUGCAGAGUCACACGGAGAUCGGCGUGAGCUACCAACAUGCCCUUGACCUGCAGACGCAGCACAAUCACUUUGCCAUGAAUUCAAUGAACGCCUAUGUCAACAUCAAUCGGAUCAUGUCUGUUGCAUCCAGGCUGUCUGAGGCAGGCCAUUACGCUUCCCAGCAAAUUAAACAAAUUUCUACACAGCUGGAUCAAGAGUGGAAAAGUUUUGCUGCAGCUCUGGAUGAACGCAGCACCAUCUUAGCCAUGUCUGCUGUCUUUCACCAGAAAGCUGAACAGGUGAGCUACUUUUGUGACUGGCAAAGUGAUCUACUGGCGACUUGGUAACAGUGAUGCUGCAGU